UUCUUAAAGUUUUCCCAGCCCUGGGGCUUGGUUGGCCUGGCGCUGGCAGUUGUUUUUAUAAUUUAGGAUUUUGAUUUUACUACUACAAAUAUUUAAGUAUAUAUUGUUAAGCACAUUUAUAAAAGACACACCAUGUCGAUAAAUAUAAUGAGCCAGUAUACACACCCACAGCGUGUGCGUUUGCUGUACAAAACCAUAUUGAGGCUACAUCGAGGUUUACCCACUGAGCUGCGCGCCUUGGGCGAUAAUUACGUGCGGGAUGAGUUUAGACGGCACCUCAAAUGCAAUCCAAUGGAGGCACAACUUUUCAUGACUGAAUGGGCUCGAUACGCCUCCACGAUCACAAAACAGCUGGGACUGCGCGGCAAGCCCAAAGGGGAACUGGGAGAACCGCUCGACUCGCAGUCAGUGGAAAUGCUUAAAGACGAUCAAGUGGUCCAGCUGUACGAGUUAAUGCUGGCCGCCAAGGCCCUCCAUGGCGACACGAUAACAGCAGACGAUGUGAGAGGCAGUAAUAAAUAAAUGUUUGUUGUUUUUGUUUUAUAUUA